GGCCCAAUCCAUAACAUUGUUACGUUUUUUGGUUGUUGUUUCGUUCAUUGAUGGAUCUCACUUUUGUGAUCGGAGGCAGUGACAAAACUUAAACUUGUGAGGAGGGGGCGCAUGAAGGCGGAGCUCUAGAGCUGUACUCCUGUGCCUCGGAGUAGCUGAGAAGAGACUCAGACUUCUCAAAGUGGUGUCCGGUUGCUCUGGAGUCACACUUAGCCCCAGAAAACAGUAAAUAUGUAGUCACAGUUGAUGGUUAUUCCCUGGAUAUAUAAAAUAGAAUAGAGGUGAAGAUGAAGACCGUGAUUUUGUUCACGUUGGUAUGGUUCAUGGUCGGACAGACAAACGGAGCCUCCUUCUAUGGCGAUGGCUUUGUGCAGCUGAGGGCGGUGGAGGCAUCCAGCCGGAACGCUCUGCACGUCCGCUUCCGAACCUCCAGCAGCUCCGGGCUACUCUUCCUGGCCGCGGGGCAGGCGGAUUACCUCACGGUGGAGCUGCACGCCGGACGCCUGCAGGUGAAGUUGGACUUAGGUGCUGGGGAGCGCGUGUUGCUAUCAGACAAAGGCUCCCAACUGAAUGACCUGGCUUGGCACACACUGGAACUUCUCCACGAGCGCUACAACGUCACCCUGACCGUGGACAAGCACGCCCACACCAGGGUGAAGAUGCCCCGGCCAGAGCAGGAGCUCAGCGUCCAGGACGGUCUCUUCGUCGGAGGCUCCGGGGGUCUGGACAAACUCUACCUGCCCGGCGACCUGACUGGCUUCCGUGGCUGCGUGGACGAAGUCAUAUUCAAUGAACACAACCUCCUGUCCUCCCUGAGACCGUACUCUGGGCUGAAAAACGUCCACGAGGUCUCUCUGGGCUGCAGCCCACAGUUUUUGGCCACUGAGUUCGAUCCUAUCAGCUUCUUCAGCUCCCGGGCAUACGUGUCCCUUCAGUCUUGGACUGCCCAGCAGGAGUGGGUGUUUGAAUGUUCGGUACACACUUCAGCCAACGAGGGAAUCGUCCUCUACAACUCGGCGCGACAGGGGGACUUUGUGGCCUUGGAAAUUCAAGAGGGCCUGUUAGUUGCCAUCGUGGGCAGGGGUGGGUCAAAAACAGAGUUGCGCUCUCUCACUUUUGUCAACGACAAGAAGUGGCACUACGUGAAACUGUACUUCACUGCCAAGAGCCUGCAGCUGACGGUGGACAAGGAGAUGGUCAAGACCAGCAUCGCCGCCCGAUCCAAAAGCUUUCAGCUGAAGGGGCCCAUGUUUGUGGGCGGAGUGGAUGACAGCACACGCUCUGAGCUCAGGAAGAUCGGGCUGGUGUCGGUGUCGGGCAAGCGCGUCCGAGGCGGCUCUUUCAAAGGCUGUCUGAGGGACAUCAAAGUGAAUCAGACCAGCGUCGGUCUGCCUCAGGCACUCGUCACAAAAGACAUCUCAGUGGGAUGCGAGCCAGAGAGGGAGCCAGAGAUGACCACAACAGCAACAAGCCCCACAACUCUCCUGGCCUCUGUGACCCAGACCCCCCCGGUGCACAUGUCGACGCUCGCCAAAGGCCUGGUGAAGAAGUACGGCCACAACUUCCUGGUGCUCCGGGACCUGGUGGUGCCCGAGGGCGGGCGUGGCUCGCUGGAGUCCAAGCACAUCAAGGUGAACCUGGACUUCAAGAAACUGGGCGUCCGCCAGUCGCAGAUCAUGUUCCGCAUCGAGGAGCAGCCGGUGCACGGUCAGCUGCGGCUGGACGUAGACGAGGAGCAGGAGGAGAACACCUUCGGCAUGCUGGACCUGUGGCACGGCCGCGUCAUGUACAUCCAUGGCGGCGCCGAGGACCCGCAGGACUUCUUCAUGUUCUCCGUCUUCUCCAGCAGCCGGAAGGAGGUGCCCUCCUACCUGAAGGGCAAGAAGAUGCAUCGCUUCAACAUCACCGUGACGCCCACCAACGAUGCGCCAGAGCUGAGCCUGCCCGAGGGCAACCUCUUCUCGCUGCUGGAGGACUCCAGGAAGCCUCUGACCACCGAGGUGCUGAGAGCCACGGACAUCGACAGCGACCGCGCAGACCUCGUCUACUCGGUGCUGGGGAAACUCAACGCCGACGCAGGGUUUCUGGAGGAUGAAGACAACCCAGGCCAGGUGGUGACGUCGUUCCCUCACACCGCCCUGGAGGAAGGGAAGAUCAAUUACGUGCACACCGGAGUUAAGAACUCAAGGAUCGUUCUGAGGGUCAGCGACGGAGAGAAGGUCAGCAACACUGUGGUCCUCAGGGUUUUGGCCGUGCCCCUGGAGUAUAAAAUCACCAACAACACGGGGGUGAAAGUCACACAGGGCGAGACGGUCAUGAUUGGCACAAGGCAGCUGGCCGUCCAGACGAAUGCCGUGAAGCAGAUGGUGGAUAUCCGUUAUGACAUCACCGAGCCAACCCGGUUUGGGGAACUUCAGAGGCUCCACUCCAGUGGAGAAUGGAAGCACACCAGCUCCUUCUCACAGAGGCUUCUAGAUAAGGAACGCCUCAGAUAUGUCAGCACUUUUCAGGAGAUCCAGGCGGAGGAUGUGUCAGAUCUGUUUAAGUGUACAGUCACCGUGGCAACGAGAGCCACAGAGGAGCUUGUGUUUCCGAUCAAAGUGAAAUGGAUCAGGUAUGACAUAGUCAGAAACGACAGGUUGGAGAUGGACAAAAUUAGAAGGGUUGUGAUUGAUUCUGAGUAUCUUUAUGUUGAGAGUCAAGGACUUAAAAUCCCCGAGGACGAGCUCUCUUUUAGGGUGUUAUCUCCUCCAAAUAAAGGAAAGCUUUUAUUGAACAACGUGGUCCUGGGGGAAAACUCUACAUUUAGUCAAACAAAUGUGACAGAUGGAAAAGUCGAAUAUCAGUUGGUGGAUAGGCCAUACGAAGACACAAAUGAUACAUUUACUUUUCACGUUUUCACCAAACACUCUUACUCGGCCAGUCACAAUUUUACUCUUGGUAUUAUGGCAGAUGUUAACAGUAUUUUCCUGAAGAAUGAAGGGCUGUCACUUCUUGAAGGGGAGAGCAAACUCAUUACAAAAGAGGAGCUUUUUGCAGAGACUUUGAGCACCAAAGACAUGUAUUAUACCAUCAAGAAAGGUCCAAAACAUGGAAGACUGACUCGCAUUAACACAUCCAACUCUACCUCAGACAACAGCAACAUGGCCACCUUCAGCAACGAGGACAUCCUUGGAGAACGUCUCAUCUACAUCCACGACGACAGCGAGACGACAGACGACUACUUCACCUUUGUGGCCUCUACCAGCCUAACUCCAGAUCCUUCAUCGUCUGAGGAGGAUGACUAUGUCACCCCUAAGGAAGGAUCGUUUAACAUCUCCAUUCAGCUGGUGAACGAUGAAAAGCCUGUGCGCAUUGUCGACAAAGUUUUCCACGUGGUGCGCGACGGCCAGAGGCUCCUGACGCUGGACGACCUCUGCUUCCACGAUGCGGACUCGGACUUCAGCGACGGGCAGCUAGUGUACACGCGGCGGGGCAUCCCCAUGGGGGAGUUGGUGAUGGCCAACGACACGUCCCGCCGGCUACACCAGUUCCAUCAGGAGGACCUGGAGCAGAAGCGCGUGCUGUUCACGCACCGCGGCGUCAGCUCGGGCCGCUUCGUGCUCUUCGUGUCUGACGGGAAGCACUACGUGUCCACACUGCUGGACAUCAGCGCUCACGAUCCCUACCUCAGAGUGGGCAAUAACACAGGCCUGCUGGUGCAGAAGGGACGCGAGAGGGCCCUUAACACCACAGCUCUCAGCGUCCUCACCAACCUCGACAUCCGGGGCGACGACGAGGUCACGUUCAUCGUUACAGAGGCACCAAAACAUGGUGGACUGUUCUGGAACGGGACCCGGGUUACGGUCUUCACACAGGCUGAGCUGAAGCAGGGGCUUGUGGCCUAUCGCCAUGACGACAGCAAAAACAUGGUGGACUCCUUUGCCAUCAAGGUGAAAGCAAAGGACAUGGUUGUGGAUGCCAACGUGAAAGUUAAAGUCUACUUGGAAAGCCACCAAAGGCCACCUGUGAUCCUGAAGAACAAACCAUUACUGGUGGAGGAGGGAAAGCCUGUUAAGAUUGAGAGAAGCACAUUUGAGGUUUCUCACGAGGAUAACCUGCCCUCUGAGAUCAUGCUGAUGAUCACAGCUGGCCCGUCUCAUGGGUACCUGCGGCGUUUUGUCGAGGACGAGGAGCGGUACAUGGGGACGGAGGACAACCCAGUGAAGAGCUUUACGCAGGAGGACAUCAAUGAUGGCAACCUCCAGUACGUCCAUCUUGGGGACGGACACCUGGACGACACGCUCGCACUGCAGGCCAGCAAUGGGGUCACGGAGGUCAACAACAUCACUGUGUCUGUCGACGUCAUCCCCAGCCUCAUACCGCUGGACGUCUCCAACUUCACCCUCAAGGAAGGGGCCUCCAAGGCCCUGACGGACCAGGUGCUCCAGGUCACCAACAGGCACUACGAGGGCCUCAACUUCCAGUUCAGUGUGACCGGUGGGCCUCAGCACGGCCACAUCGAGCACUCACGCUUCCCGGGGACCAAGCUCUCGUCGUUCACCAGGAGAGAGGUGGAACAGGAGUUCAUCUACUACGUGCAUGAUGGCAGCGAGACCCUGGAUGACCGAUUCACUGUCACCGCUAAUGACACUGACCUGCGAAAGCACAGCACACCACGGACACUGUUUGUUGAGGUCACACCCGUCAAUGACCAGCCCCCGGUUGUCACGGCCAAUAGGGUCUUAAGGGUGUGGGUGGGUUCCGUGACCGAGAUCACCACCAGUGACCUGAACGCAGAGGACGAGGACUCUCCCGCGGAGGACCUCAUCUUCAUGGUCACGCAGCCCAGCAACGGGCACCUGGCCCUCAAGAGCGCCCCCACCAGGCCGCUGAUGAACUUCACACAGGCCCACAUCCAGCAGGGCCAGCUGCUGUUCGUCCACAGCGGUGCCAUGGCCGGAGGGUUUAACUUCCAGGUCAACGACGGGGUGAACUUCGCCCCCAGGCAGAUCUUCAGCAUCACCGCCCGGGCCCUGGUCAUCAGCCUGGUCAAGAACGGACCUCUCAAGGUGUUCCCAGGCUCCACCACUGCCAUUUCCAAAGAGGACCUGCAGGCGGUCACCAACGAUAAGAGCGGCACGUCGAACCGCACCAUCGUGUACACGGUGACGUCUCCCCCGCGACUGGGCAAGCUGGUGGCGCAGCAGUCCGAUAACUCCACCGAGGACAUCUCCUCGUUCACACAAGCAAUGGUGGACAAGGGUGUGGUGCUUUACGAGCAGAAGUCUGUGGACAGGGUCGGCUGGACAGCUCUGGACACGUUGAGUUUCUCUGUGUCAUCACCUCCCACCUCCCUGGAGGCUCAGACGUUCAACAUUGACAUCUCAUACGAGAAUAUCGGGCCCAGCCACAACUCCCUCCUCCUCAAAAACACAGGUGCUGUAGUGACUGAGGGAGAUAAAGUCGUCAUCGACAAGUCUAAGCUGGACGGCAGCAACCUCAUAACCAAGCGUCCAGAGUCACAGCGCCAAUCCUAUGAGGUCUGGUACCAGGUCACCAAGCUUCCACAGCAUGGUUUUAUUGUUGUGGGCGAGCGGAAUGUCACCAAGGAGAAGCCCAACUUCUCUCAGUUUAUCCUCAACAAGUAUGGCAUCACCUACCAUCACGACAACUCCGAGAGCACCAGCGACAGAUUCGUGUUUGACGUCUUCCUCAACUUGAAGAGCAAGCCCACACAGCGUCCCCUGGAUGACGACGAGGUAGUGCAGGAGUCCUUUAACAUCACGGUCACACCCAUAAACGACCAGCCCCCCGUGCUGAAGACCAAAGCUCCAAGCCUGAAGGUUGUCCAGGGCGACAUGGCAGUACUGGGCCCAGGCAACCUGAAUGUGGUGGACCUGGACAACCCUCCAGAGGAGAUCCGGUACACGGUGAUCAGUCAGCCCAACAACGGCUUCCUAGCAAUGGAAGGAAAGCUCAAUGUGUCGGUGCAGACCUUCACCCAGGCUCAGAUCAACAAUGGGCAGCUUUACUUCGUCCAAGACGGGUCACCCGCCUCGGGUGUGUUCUACUUCAGCGUAACGGACGGACACCACCGUCCAGUUUACAAGCUCUUCAAUCUGGAGGUGACCGAGAUCACUGUCUCGCUCGUCAACAACAGCCUCGUGCUGCUGGAACAGGGUGAGACGACCGCCACGAUCACCUCUGCACAGCUGGCCGCAGAGACCAAUGGCAAGAACACCACCAUCCGCUAUCGAGUCACAGAGUCACCGCGUUACGGGAAGCUUCUGUUGGACGACAUAUUGUCGUCGUCUUUCAGUCAAGAGGACCUACAGGCUGAGAGGCUGGUCUACCACAUGCUGGAGUCCACCUCGUCCACAGAUAGCUUUGAGUUCAUUGCCUUUACGCCUGAGGCCAACCUCACGGGCCAGGUGGUCAACAUCUCGGUGACGCCCAGGGUUAAAUUCGUGGAAAGACUGCAGGUGCCCAAUGGAGUUCAGUUCAAACUGAAGACACGCUUCCUCAAUGCCACACGGUUGGCUGCUCUUAGUGGCAGCGAUCCCAUCUUCGAAAUCCUGGCCCAUCCGAAGUGCGGAAAGCUUGUCAGAGCCACGAAACACGGGAAGAGAGCCACUCCGCUUGAGUCUUUCACCUCCCGUGAUCUUGAGCAGGAGAAGGUAGCCAUCGACGUGAAGGCAAACUUGACAGGAAUCCAGGAACUGAACGAUUCGCUAGUGUUUGUCUUAAAAGCGGACACUGUUCCCCCAGCAAGAGGAGAGCUGAUGUUCACUGUUGUGCCGUAUAGUCCAGUGCUAUUCACAACUACUGGGAGUCCCGUCCCGACGGUCCUCAACCACACCUCAGCAGCCGCGGGCCCAGGCAUGGCUCUCUCCCUGUCCACCUUGGCACCGGGCAUCACUGCCACACAGCGCCAGUCCACCCGGCUCCUCCCGAAGAACCGGGGCCGUGACCGCUGGGGGAACCAGAACCAGAACGACCCCGCGGCCGCCUCGACCGUCCCCCGACCGCCGCUGGAGAAGCCAGACGUGGCUCCAGUUAGGAACACACCGGUGCGUGUGGAGUCGUACCCACAGAAGAGCUCCAACCCCCUGCUGGUGAUCCUGCCCGUGCUGGCCUGCCUGCUCCUGGUGGUCAUCCUGCUCAUGUUCAUCGUCUACCUACGCAAGAAGAAGAAGCAGCAGCAGCAGCAGCAGCAGAAGACCCUAAAGAGGAGCGACGCGGCGGCCAGUCUGACGGCCUCCCCCUGCCCACCAAGCCCCGCGGCCCAGUCGGAGAGGAGCGCCGCCAUCCCCACGGUGACCGUCACCCCGCUGAGCCCCAGUUGCCCCAGCAGCCCCAUGUCGGAGAGGCCUCACGGGGCCUCGGACGCCUCCCUGCCCCUCUGCUCCUGGGGAGGGACGGAUGCCGAGGCCGAGCAGCUCUGCCGCACUCCCAAACCCACCCUGCAGCGCAACCAGUACUGGGUAUGACCUCCAGGUGGCGCUGUGACUAUUGGACUUGACUAACUAGCACCAGGCUACUCUGCAGCCCCUCCUCAUGCUGGCUCACAUGGGACAUCUUAUGGUGCAAAGUAUGCUGGACUUAACCAUUCAUCUACCAUAACCUUUGGUCAUUACUGUAUUUUCCAAGCUUUGCUCUGCUGUGCAUGAUACUGAACACUCACAUAACUGUAAUUCUUUAUGCACUAUGUGAUGGCGGUUCUGAAUAUUAGCGUUUCCAGCUACGGUAACAUUUCAAGCUAAAGCUAAGCUACAAAAACUACUGAGCCGUUCUACACUAACCAAACAUUAUAUCUGUGUUGCGGAAUAAAAAUUGUUCUUGUUAUGGUACUGUAUUGAAGCUAAAUAGGAAAUAAUGUCUUUGACUUGUAUCAAAAUGUCUCAGCAUGUGACUGUUGAAGUGGAACCUAUCAAACUGUUCAAAAACCACUGCACUCUUGAAAGAUAUUACAAGUACUAUUUGAAACCAAGUCUAAAUACAAUCAAAUCAAAGGCACCAGUUGAAAUUGCAUUAGCAAUGGCUAGGAUUGGUCUCCAUUUUCUAUGCUGCUGGCUGGCUGGAAGAGCAGGUGUCAUUUGUUUUCAACCUAGUCUUGAGUUACUACCUCCAUACAUGAGCAGUCAGCUGGCUGAAGUGAAUAAGGGAAGGCUUAUUGAUGUAUUGUGCAGACUGUCAAGUUAUGACCACUAGGUACCCAAGGGCACCCCGCUAUUUUGUCUAUGUUUGAAAAUUAAGGGGUUGCAUUUAUACCCUAAAUCUUGAUAAAUCUCAAGAAAUACUUUAUUUUAACACUGAAAAUGAUUUUAACACUUUUAGAUUCACAUUGUAUAGGUGUGAAUAUAAUAUUUUUGUGUUUUUUUAUGAUAAUUUUGUUAUUCUUUUUUAUGUAUGGAUCUCUUUUGUAAACUCAGGAAUUAAUAUAUGGGAAUAAUCCUCUGUAUAGAGACUGCAUCAUGUCGAUUUGUGCUAUUUUUAUUAUACUGAGUCGAUGUAAGGUAGAACAAUCACUGUAAUACCUGCACUAAUCUGUGAAGGUAUGAAAAGCAUUAUCAUCACUUUAACUUCCCUCCAGUAUUCACUGUGUAGUGGCCAGGCUGAUAGUGAAUCAGAGGCGAUAUCUGAUGUAUGUUUAUUUAUGAUGUCCUACGGAUUCCCACCAUGCACAUCAACGUGAUGGGAGUCGACAUGUGCCGAGCCUUUAAGGCUUGUUUUGCCGCAUUUCAUCCUUAUAUUGUGAAACACUCCUUCAAUCCAUGCUGAAUCCAUGGUGAAUGACUGCUGAGUAUUAAAAGACUAUAAAGAAAACUCAUAACCACUUAUCUCUUCCUUUUGGUACGGAAGCAUAACAUCAUCUGCUGCAAAUUAAAUAAUGGUCUAUGUGUUGUCUUUAAGGCUUGCAUAGUGUUUAUUGUCAAGUUUGCCAAAAAUAUCUGUCUGUGGAAAAAAAUCACACUUGCAUACUGUCAAAGGCUUGUAUCAUUUAUCUGAUAUGCUGUCUUAUAUUUAUUUUGAUCUAUGAGUAUUAAUUAAAAGCUGUACAUAUUUUAAUGAAAUGGUGUGUGAUUUGUGGUAUCUUUUUCACUUCAGGCCAGGGACAGUAAAUUGUAAAUUGCAUUGUAGUUUCUCAUACCAAACCAUCUGGUUUCUCUUAUCUGGAUCUCCCACUGAACUUGAGAAACGUGCAGAUAAUGAGGGCUGGAGAUAUGAAGAGUAAUCCAGGGAUAAUUAUCAUGAUUACUCCUCUUUCUGCCUGCUGUUAAUUACUGUGAUCUUGGAGACUAAGUGACAAGCAAGAAUUCCCUUUCAAGACCACCAGCUACUAUAGAUGGAUACAGUGAAUGGAUGUUACGUGAUUUAUCCCAUAAUUGGGGAGUAUUAAAUAGUCAAAAGCUUGAAAAUGAACUGUUGAAAGUGUAUUGACUUAGCAUGGUUUGGCUUGGUUUGUUUUUUUUAAAUGGCUUUAUUUGCAUGUUAAGUGCCUGCUUUGUACUGUCAUUUGAGCGCAUCCUUAAGUAGAGUCCCAACAUACAUACCCACAGCACUGAUACCUGCUAUUAAAUAACAGAUCUUGUCAGCUCUACUGACCACAUGCUAUCACAACAGUUGGCACUCACACAGUAGUAGAAUUCAAACAGUGGCCUUCAACUUGAAUGUAAACACUACCAAGCUAUGAGGAUCUGGAACUUGGAAUCCCAGACAUGGGGUCAAUGGCAGUGACUGCUGUGAGUGUGCUGCAAUGCUGCUUGAAAACCACAGAAUUUGUUGUGCCCAAAACCCCUGAAGCACGCCUGUAAUUUGGCUCCCGUUCAUUUAGCUAACUAUUUCAGAAUUGUUUACUUCAACAUUGCACUGCACAAUGUACUCACGCGGUGACCCUGUGUCACAAAAGGGAAGUACCCGCUGCUUCAGUAUGAAAAUGAGUGUGACUUUUCAAAUGCCUGCCAAAUGUUAUGGAGUGAAGUGUUAGAACCGUAUUUUUUAUUGGCUAUGUUAGUGAAACCUGCUCACUU